UCGCCCUAGCGAGCGAGCGAGAUCGAGAUCGAGAUCGAGAGAGAGAAAGAGAGAGAUGUCGGGGUGGGACGAGGGGGCGGUGUUCUACAGCGACCAGGCGCAGUUUCCCCGCGGCGGAGAUCCGGACCAGGGCUCCCUCACCCGCCACUCCGCGCUCCGCAAGUUCAAAGAAUUCAUCCGCGGCUUUAAUGGCGACAAAGGCGACUUCCCCUACCGGGAGAGCCUUGUCCACAACACUGACCACCUCACGGUGGCAAUGGAGGACCUUGAUGCCUUCGAUGCCGUGCUUUCCGACAAGAUCCGCAAGUCCCCCGCCGAGUACUUGCCCUUGUUCGAAACUGCAGCAGCCGAGGUGCUUGCAAGCCUGAGAUCGAAGGUUGCGACUGAGACAGGGGAGAUGGAGGAGCCCGUCACAGGGGAUGUGCAGAUCUUUCUCUCUUCCAAGGAGAAUUCGGUGUCGAUGAGGUCUAUUGGUGCUGAGUGCAUGUCGAAGCUUGUUAAGAUUGCCGGUAUAGCAAUUGCCGCUUCGAGAGUGAAGGCCAAAGCGACGUACGUGACGCUGAUGUGCAAGAAUUGUAAAAGCAUCAGAAUAGUUCCUUGCCGGCCAGGGCUGGGUGGUGCCAUUGUUCCCCGAUCAUGCGACCAUGUUCCUCAGCCUGGAGAAGAGCCUUGUCCUUUAGAUCCUUGGCUUGUGGCUCCGGACAAGAGCAAGUAUGUAGAUCUGCAGACCCUUAAAUUGCAGGAAAAUCCUGAGGAUGUUCCAACUGGGGAGCUUCCAAGGAACAUGCUUCUCUCAGUAGAUCGCCAUUUGGUUCAAACUAUCGUGCCUGGCACAAGGUUAACAGUCAUGGGUAUUUAUAGUGUGUACCAAGCAUCGGCAACCCAGAAAGGAGCAGUUGGAGUUAAACAACCCUAUAUUAGAGUUGUUGGGUUGGAACAAACUCGCGAAACAAAUUCUACUGGUCCAUCUACCUUCUUGCUAGAUGAGGAAUUAGAAUUUAAAGAAUUUGCUCAAAGACCCGAUGCAUAUGCUAAGAUAUGCUCAAUGAUUGCUCCUUCAAUAUACGGCCAUUCUGACGUCAAGAAAGCACUUGCUUGUAUGCUAUUUGGGGGAUCAAAGAAGAGGUUACCGGAUGGUGUACGAUUAAGAGGAGAUAUCCAUGUAUUGCUUUUGGGUGAUCCAUCUACUGCAAAAUCACAGUUUCUCAAGUUUGUGGAAAAGACGGCUCCAGUGGCUGUUUAUACUUCAGGAAAAGGCUCAUCUGCUGCUGGUCUUACAGCUUCUGUGAUUCGUGACAGUAGUUCACGUGAAUUUUAUCUUGAAGGAGGAGCAAUGGUUUUGGCAGAUGGUGGAGUAGUAUGUAUUGAUGAAUUUGAUAAAAUGAGACCUGAAGACAGAGUUGCCAUACAUGAAGCCAUGGAGCAGCAAACCAUUUCUAUUGCAAAAGCAGGGAUAACAACAGUACUUAACUCAAGAACAUCUGUGCUUGCGGCUGCUAACCCUCCAUCUGGGCGUUAUGAUGAUCUUAAGACUGCACAGGAUAACAUCGAUUUACAGACAACCAUCCUUUCUAGGUUUGAUCUAAUCUUCAUUGUGAAAGAUAUCAGAAUGUACGAACAAGAUAAGCGAAUUGCCAGCCAUAUUAUAAAGGUUCAUGCCAGUGGUGCUGCAGCCUCUAAGAACACUGAUACUGCAGAAGGAGAAAACUGGCUGAAGAGGUACAUAGAGUACUGCCGUGUUGCCUGUCAGCCGCGGCUAUCAGAAAAGGCUGCAGAAAUGUUGCAGAACAAGUAUGUUGAGAUCCGACAGAAAAUGAGGCGGCAGGCUCAUGAAACAGGGAAGCCUGCUGCAAUUCCAAUCACUGUGAGGCAGCUUGAAGCUAUAAUAAGGUUGAGCGAGUCUCUUGCAAAGAUGCGACUGACCCCUGUUGCUACCCAAGAGCAUGUCGAAGAGGCAUUCAGGUUAUUCAACGUUUCCACCAUGGAUGCUGCCCGGUCUGGAAUCAACGAGCAUCUGAAUUUGACUCCUGAGAUUGCAAAUGAGAUCAAGCAAGCUGAGACCCAAAUAAAGAGAAGGAUGGGCAUUGGAAGCCAAAUGUCGGAAAGACGUCUGGUUGAUCAGCUUACAAGAAUGGGGAUGAAUGAAUCUAUUGUGAGGAGAGCCCUAUUGAUCAUGCACCAGAGGGAUGAGGUGGAGUACAAGAGAGAACGGCAUGUUAUCGUUCGCAAAGCUUGAUGUGACUGAAAUUUGGGAGCCGACGACAUUUGAAGGAAAAUUGAGGUUGAUCAUAUGAUAGUGUCACUAGGUUGUGAUGAUUUGGAAAAAAAAGAAUUGACGGCAGAUGAUGGCAUUGGGAAGCCUGCACCACAUAUGGAGCAUGUCCCAUCUAAAAUGAAUCUGGAGAUGAUUUUUUGCCAUUCAUGAAUCAUGGCUUAUAUCAGCUUGGUAUUGUACGCAUGGUCUGUCAUUGGGGCUCCACUAGUUUACCUAAAAAAGGCCUCUAUGAGAAUCAAGUAAUGUUGCAAUACUUGUUCAAAUCCACCCUGCAAUAUAGGAUAAUUAUUUCUGAUGUAUUAUUGAACUGUAAUGGAUGAACAAAGUGAAGGAACUAGUAUGUCGCAUCUAUCUU